CCCAGGUCAAACCAGUUUGAUUAGUUGCUUCUUGGAUUCCCCCAUAAUCUAUUCAGGGAUUUUAGGGAUGGACAGUGGAGAUCUCCCUCAUCCAAAUUGGAAGGUUUUAGCAACAGCACAUCUGAAAUGGAAAGUAUUUGUUCAAGCAAAACCUGAAACCCUGUCUGAAUCUAAAGAAGAAAAACGUAUUGAUAAAAGUUAUAUCAGUGGAGAGGAUGCUAAAAAGUUCUAUGAAGGCUUACUACAGGAAGAUGCAGUUGCAAGCACAAGUAGAAAUACUGGUUCCUCUCAUACAGAUUUCUUAGAAGAAGAAUGUAGCUCUGAAGAUGAGGAGGUAAAUGUAGAGGCUAAAAAGUGCUGUCCCAAAACCUUACACAAAGCAAUGAAGCAUGCCCAGAAUAAUGAAGCAGAAAAUUUACGACAGAUGUUGGACAACGGCCUCAGUGUAAAUGCAAAAGAUGAGUAUGGAUGGUCAUUACUUAUGGUUGCUGCUUGUGGUGGUGCUAAAGCUGUUGUGAGAACUUUAUUGGAAAGAAAAGCUAGAACUGGUACAAGAGAUUCUAAAGGAAAUACUGCAAUCUAUCUAGCAAUGUUGAAGGGUCACCAGGGCAUUGUGGAUAUGUUAAUAAAAGCUAAUAAGAGAAAAGAUGAGGAUUCUGGUACUAAUAAAGAUAUUGUUUCAAGUUCAAGUAAUGUAAUAGAAAAAUUUUAUUGUGAUAUAUGCAAAAUAACAGUUGAAACUAGUACACGUCUUCAGCAUGAAACGUCAAUUGUUCAUCAGUUCAAUGUUGGUGCAGGAAGUAAUAAGACAGUCUAUGGAAUUCCUGCAAGUAAUAAAGGUUUUCAGAUCCUUGUGAACCAAGGCUGGGACACAGAAAAGGGUCUUGGUCCUGAUAGUUCUGGAGCCAAAUUUCCAGUCAAAACCGCACUAAAGAAUGAUCGUAAAGGAUUAGGAGCAGUUGAUAAAACUUCUCUAAGAGUUACGCAUUUUGGUCCUGGUGAUGCAAGUGCAGUUCAGCGAUGUCACACUAGUAAUGAAAGGAUUGAAAGGCAAAGAACAAUUAGUAGAAGAGAAAGAAAUCGGCAGAGAAUGAAAGAAAAAAGAAGAGAGAUAGACAUAAGAAGAGAAUUGAGUGAACCUGAUUAUUAAAGGAAUAAUGGCAGUGUCUCCAGAACGUAUCCAGCAACAGUUAGAAGAAGUAGAAGCUGCAGCAGAGGAUGUAAUAUCAGACCGACAGGAAAUUGUUACGCUUGAUCGUCGACGUAAUACUAACCGUGAAGCUCUGCGAC